AUAGAAGAAGAAGGUGAUUGAACCCGUGACAGCCAUGAAGGAAACGCGUGCAUACUUUGAGAAAAUUUGUCGCAGUUCACGGAAGUGCACGAUUUAUGGAAGAAUUUAAAUCGUCUCAUCGAGCAGUCUUUGCUACUUUCGCUCGAGGACCGUGCAGAUGAGCGUGUUAUCAAGGGGAAGAAGGCGAAUCGUUGGGAUCCGGUACCCGAUGCUGCCGGCAUUGGGGCUGCUCCUGGUGUUGACGGACGCCGGAGCUGUUCACCAACAGUCGAACCUUCUCCUAUCCUACACGAACGCGUCGUUUGGGGCCACGUCUGAUCGCGGUAUUUCAAUCACCAGGGUUCUGCAGGACGGGGAACUCGAACGUGUGAUCCGGUUGCCUGGAAUUUGCGCCAAGGAGACCAUCGUCAAUUGGGGAUACACGGACGUAGCAUUGAGACAAGUGUGGAUACAGAAGACGGGCAGAAAAUUGCAAUUGAUAUACGAGGGUGGCACGUUGACCGACUGCAUGGACGACAUACUCACAGAUAGCGAUGAGAGAUCUUGUACGUCGCAUUUGGACGACGAUUAUGAUGACGAGAUAUCCGUGGAAUUGUUCGAGGUGGACGGCCAGGAGGAUGCAUCGAGGAUCCCCCAGGAUCUGUCCUGGCUCUCCUCCGUGUCCAACUUACGUCAUCGAUGCACCCACGUAAGGAACAGGGCGCGAAAUCAACUGAUUUCUCAGCAUCGGCGAAGGAAAUAUUCAAAGCUUUUAAAUGGAACGAAUAGCGGCCACCGUCAGAGACGAGGUAAAAGCCGUUCGCGAAGAGACUUGUUGAUGAUCCCAGGAACACAAUGGUGCGGCCGUGGUCAUCGGGCCACGAAAUAUACGAACUUAGGCGGUUUUGGCACAGCAGAUGCUUGCUGUCGAAGACACGACACGGCGUGUCCCUUUUUCAUCCCGGCUUUCGAGACACGCUACGGUUUCUUCAAUUGGGGUAUUUCAAGCAUGAUGCAUUGUGCCUGUGAUGAACGAUUUCGAACGUGUUUGAAGAUGGCGGGCACAGCAUCGGCAAAUUUUAUCGGCAAGAUUUUCUUUGAUGUUUUAAGAACGAAAUGUUUCAUAUUGAAACCACAAAAGGUUUGUACGAAAUGGUCCUGGACGGGCAAAUGCCAGCAUUAUGAAUAUCGAAAACAGGCUCAUGUUCGCGAUAAUGUUCCUUAUCAUUAAAAUGGAAAAGUAGCGGGUAUGUUUGGGGAUAUUCUUUUUCUAGAAAUGUCAAUACCAAUUCUCAGGGAUGUAAUAAUUUAUCGAAAGUGUUCGACCAUGACUUGAAGGGAUGCAGGACAGCAGAUCAAAGAUAAAAACAAUCAUCCUCUUUAACCGUUUAACUACAUGAAUGACAAUACAUAGUGAUCACGAUAGAAAAUUUAAGCAUUAUAUUAAACAGAUUUGAAACAAUUUAAUAUAUUUCUCGCAAUUUUUCUCAAAUAAUGUUGAGUUAAUUUUGAUUUGCAAUAAAAAAAUAAAUUCAAAUAUCUGAAAUAUCCCAAAUAACAAUCAUAAAUCUGAUAUGUAAUAAAAAUUUAUAAUAGAAAUUUUCAAUUUUUGAUUUUUCAAGAUCAAAUUCUCUUUAAAUGUAAAAAAUAAUAAUAAUAAAAAAAAAAAAAGAAUAAAUGAAAUCGAGAAAUGAAAUCGUUUGAAAUAGACAGGGUAUCAUUUCUAUUAUCUAUAUCUAUAUGCUAACUAUGUAGUCUUUAUUGUUCUCAAAGAUGCCAAAUAAAUUAUUCUGUAGAUAA